GGAGCAUAAACAAGAGGGGGGCCGGGAUGAGGCGGCGGUUAAUGCUCAAGCGGCGAGCGGCGGCGGCGAGCGAGGCGGCGAUCGGGGCCCGGCGCCGACCCUGAGCUCACCCCGACCUGCCCCACCCGCGCGCGAGCCCCCGGCCGGGCCCGCGGGCCGCGCGCCCACCAUGAACCUGGCUAGUCAGAGCGGCGAGGCCGGCGCUAGCCAGCUGCUCUUCGCCAACUUCAACCAGGACGUCACGUCUCUAGCCGUUGGUAGUAAGUCCGGGUAUAAAUUUUUCUCCCUUUCUUCUGUGGAUAAACUGGAGCAGAUCUAUGAAUGCACUGACACUGAAGAUGUGUGCAUCGUGGAGAGAUUGUUCUCCAGCAGCUUGGUGGCCAUCGUCAGCCUCAAAGCUCCCAGGAAGCUGAAGGUUUGCCACUUUAAGAAAGGGACCGAGAUCUGCAACUACAGCUACUCCAACACCAUCCUGGCGGUGAAGCUCAACAGGCAGAGGCUGAUCGUGUGCCUGGAGGAGUCUCUCUACAUUCACAAUAUCCGGGACAUGAAGGUGCUGCACACCAUCCGGGAGACGCCCCCGAACCCCACCGGCCUGUGUGCACUGUCCAUCAACAAUGACAACUGUUACCUGGCGUAUCCGGGCAGCGCCACCAUCGGAGAGGUGCAGGUCUUUGACACCAUCAACCUGAGAGCUGCGAACAUGAUCCCGGCUCACGACAGCCCGUUAGCCGCCCUGGCCUUCGACGCCAGCGGAACCAAGCUCGCCACUGCUUCCGAGAAGGGGACCGUGAUUAGGGUGUUUUCCAUUCCAGAAGGACAGAAACUCUUCGAGUUCCGGAGAGGAGUGAAGAGGUGUGUGAGCAUCUGCUCCCUGGCCUUCAGCAUGGACGGCAUGUUCCUGUCCGCCUCCAGCAACACUGAGACUGUGCACAUCUUCAAACUCGAGACUGUGAAGGAAAAGCCUCAGGAGGAGCCCACUACCUGGACCGGCUACUUUGGGAAGGUGCUCAUGGCGUCCACCAGCUACUUGCCCUCCCAAGUGACGGAGAUGUUCAACCAGGGCAGGGCCUUCGCCACGGUGCGCCUGCCUUUCUGUGGCCACAAGAACAUCUGCGCGCUGGCCACAAUCCAGAAGAUCCCUCGGCUGCUGGUGGGCGCCUCGGACGGGUACCUGUACAUGUACAACCUGGACCCCCAGGAAGGGGGCGAGUGCACCCUCAUGAAGCAGCACCAGUUGGACGGCAGCAUGGAGACAACCAACGAGAUCCUGGACUCCACGUCCCACGACUGCCCCUUGGUGACGCAGGCGUACGGCGCGGCCGUGCCCAAGGGUCCGCACGUGCCUUCGUCCCCAACGGCGCUGGGUAAGGGCCGGGCCGAGCCUGGGGCGGAGCACGCGGCUCUCUCUCUCGCAGAGCCACCCGCCUGCCUCGUGCCCUCCGGGGCGGGGCCUGCAGCUCUCGGCCCGCUGUGCCUACACGGACGAGCUGGGCGCCACGGGUGGCUCAGGGCUGGAGGACGAGGCCAGCGCCCUGCGGCUGGAGGAUGACAGCGAGCACCCUCCCAUGAUUCUGCGGACGGACUGACCGCGACCUGUGACCUCCUCGGGCCCCGAGGCAGGGAACACUGGCUGACAGAGGACUUCGCAGUCAUGCUGCUAUGAACUUUGACCCGAGCUGGGGAGAGGAUGGCAGAGACUUCUAAAUCAAAAAGAAAAAAAAAAAGAUUGUAGCUGUAGUCUCAUUCCAUACUGUUGAGAAAUACAUUGUUUUCACUUCAGUGGCUUUUAAUCCUGCUUAUGAAUUUUUAGCUUUUCGUUGGUUUUCUCUUUUUUUGCCAAAAUCAACUGUUUGGUGAAGCUCUCAAAACACCUUUGCUUUGCAUGUAUUAAUGUGCCAAGCCAGCCAGGAGCUCUGGAGCCUGCUCAUAACAGCCCGCAGGCGUCUGGGGUAUUCAGUCUGUGCAGAGAGGCACAGGCCGGGAAGGCGGCGGCGGCGAGCGCGCAUCUGGUCCUGCUUGGGCAGGCCGGGUGGCCUUGGGGGGUCCUCUCUCCCUGGAGCCCCUCCGGGACCAUUUCACCCCUCCCCCCCAUUUUAUUUUGUUAAUUAA